AUGGCACAAGCGGUGCCUAAUCCGCCGAACGACAAGAAGAGAGUCAAGGUCUACGAGUUGCGCAACAAUGACUGGUUCGACAGAGGCACCGGCUUCUGCACGGCUGCAUUCAUAUUUAAUGAGGCCAGCCGUCAGGAAGAACCGCGCGUGCUCGUGCAGUCCGAAGACCAGCCCGAUCGAAUGUUGCUGGAGACCAGGAUCUGCAAGGAGGAUGGAUUCCAGAAGCAGCAAGAUACUCUCAUAGUCUGGACGGAGCCGACUAAUGGCGUGGACAUGGCUCUCAGUUUUCAAGAAUCUGAGGGCUGCGCAGCUAUAUGGAAGUUCGUGAACAACAUUCAGCAGCAGCUGUUGGCGAUUGGUGGACCUGACGACGCCUUAUCAGACGACAUAGCCAUAGACCCAUUCAACAGUCCCAUAUCCCUACCUGUACCUGCACUUGGAAGUCUGCCGGAUAUCGAAGCGCAAAUGCGCGGCCUACACAAUACCCAGCCGGGUCGGGAAGCUUUGACCAAGUAUGUCAUCACGGAGGAUUACAUACAAAAGUUAAUACCCCUCGUGGAAAUGGCCGAGGAUAUGGAAGAUCUGGCGAGCUUGCAUCGACUAUGCAACAUCAUGAAGACGAUGAUAUUGCUAAAUGACACGGCCAUCAUUGAGCUUGCAGUCACCGAUGACUUGGUUCUUGGGGUUGUGGGAGCUUUAGAAUAUGAUCCGGACUUUCCCAGUCACAAGGCCAACCAUCGACAGUGGUUAGGCAAGGAAGGUCGAUACAAGGAGGUUGUGCGGAUUGACGACGAAGGGAUUCGUAAAAAGAUCCAUGCCACAUACCGUCUGCAGUACUUGAAGGACGUGGUCCUUGCUCGGAUCCUGGACGAUCCUACUUUCUCUGUGCUUAAUUCUCUGAUCUUCUUCAACCAGGUGGAUAUUGUUCAGCAUUUACAAACGAACCCGGCGUUCCUCAAAGAAUUAUUCGGCAUUUUUGGACCCCAGGAAACGGACCAAGAGCGUAGGAAGGAGGCUGUCUUGUUUAUCCAGCAAUGCUGCGCAAUCGCUAAGAACUUGCAGCAACCAGCAAGACAACAGCUGUACAACAACUUCCUAGUACAUGGCCUCUUAUCUGUGAUCAACUUUGCUCUUCGCCAUGCGGAUGUAGGCGUGCGUGUAGGGGCUACUGAUGUACUGGUUUCUAUGAUUGACCAUGAUCCACAAAUGAUCAGGCAAACAAUAUUCCGGCAAAUCAACGAGAAACAGACCCCUCUGACGGAUUCUCUGAUAGAUCUCCUGCUCGUAGAGGCAGAUCUCGGUGUCAAAGCACAAAUUGCUGAUGCGAUCAAGGUUCUCCUAGACCCUGGCUCCCAGAAUGGACCUCUUGAUGGAUUGACCAGGGCAAACGGCGAUUUGGCAGCCCGAUCACGGGCUCAACCUGACCCCCAGCAAGCUGAAUUUGUGAAGGAUUUCUACGACGACUCGGCCAAGAAGCUAUUCAAGCCUCUUGUUGAUCUGAAAGAUCGAGACCACAUGGAUUUCAGUGUUCAUCAAGUGUCUCUGUUCAUCUACUUGAUUGAAAUCCUCUGCUUCUUCGUUCGCCAGCACACUCAUCACAGCAAAUAUUUCGUCUUGUCUGAGAAACUUGGCCAGCGAAUUGCUCAGCUCCUCUCGAGUCCAGAGAAAUAUUUAAAGCUAACCGCAUUGAAGUUCUUCCGGAACCUUAUUGGAUUACAGGACGAAUUCUACAAUCAGCAGAUGACUCAAGGAAAGCUUUUCGAGCCGAUCUUAAACUUAGUUAUUGAAACGAUGCCAAGAGACAAUCUCUUAAACUCCGCAUGUCUGGAAUUCUUCGAUUUCAUCAAGAGGGAGAAUAUCAAGAACAUCAUCAGCCAUCUGGUCGAGAACUAUCGGGAUAAAUUGAAGGAAAUAACCUACGUGGAUAUUUUCAGCAAUUUCAUUAUCAGAUACGACCAGACACAAGGAUUUGCCCCGAGUAUGGAAACGUCUUUUCUGGACACCGAAGAAGAUACGCCCAAACGACCGGAGACUGGUAGAGGAAAUAGAUGGGAGUCGGGCAUCAAAGAUCUCGAUGCUCAGGAGGAAGAGUAUUUCAAUACAUCAGAUGAUGAGGAUGAUGUCCCGGGCAAGGCCGAGUCGAGUCGAGCUUCCGUGAAUGGCGCAUCGCCCCUUUCGAAGCCCCUGGUUGAUUAUCCAUCUGAUGAGGAAAACGAGAAUAUGGAAACGGAUUUGUCUGCUGGUACUCUAGAGGGUGCUGACGAAAACACACCACCAACAUCAGUAACGAAAGACGCAGAAAAGAGCCCGUUACUACCCUCCACGCUCUUGUCUUCCCCACCUGAAAAGGUGUCAGAGAAACGUCGGCGCGAGGAGGAAGAUGAUGACGAGAUGACCAAGCUUUUGCAACCUAAGCGCAGAAACUCGAGCAGUUCUGUGGGUUCGAACACCGGCAGUGUGUUGAGAAGAAAGAAAAGCUUUACCAACACCUCUCAUACAACGGGAGGGUCAGGUGGCAAAGCCAACAAAAUCGCCAUCAGUCUAUCGCCAGCGAUUAAGUCUGGUGGAGAGAGCCCAGGUAGUGGGGACAGCGGAAGUUGA